AGAGAAAUGGGAAUUUUGUUUGCGCCAGAUAACACAUGUACGUUAGAAAUGUACGUUUAUAGUCAUCUCAUUCUAUAGCAAUUUUGCAUGCGUGGUUGAAGUCUAUAAAAAUAAACUUAUUACUUAUAUCUGGAUUAGUUGAGGUGGAGCCGCUAUUGAUUCUUAAGAAAAAACGUAUUCCUUAUUAUUGAAAAACUAUUGAAAAUGAAGUUUUUAAUCUUUAGUUUUGUGAGUCUUGCGAUUCUGGCAACUGCCUAUGGUGGCAGUUCUGUUUCCGUGGAUAGAAAUGCUCAUUUUGAAGUAAUGGAAAGUGUUUGGGAUGAUAUUGUUAAGGAAGAUUACUUCGAUAUGGAUCUUGCAAUUGAUCUUUACGACUAUAAAGAAACUCCAUUUUGUCCUACUGAUUUUGGCAAUGAUAUUGAAGAAAUUGUUGGAAAGAUUCAACAAAUUAGUCUGGCGCUCAACGAAAUUAAUGUGGAUGUGAGAAGAGAAGCAGAUUUUGUGCGACCAAUUCUGCGAAGCUUAUCUAAUGGUGCAAUGACAGCCACCACAAGCGUACAAAAAUGUGUUACAUCAGCGAAAAAACUCUACGAUGCCUACCAAAAAUAUAGAUCAAGUGUAUCGAAUUGCUACAAUGGCUGUAAAGCCAAUAUGAAAUCAAUAGCCGUGGAAGUAAAUCAAUUAUUGGGUGGAUUGGUUGAUGUUAUCAACAAAGGAUUGAAAAUGGGAAAACCCAUCGAUUCUGAAACGAUUCAACACAAAAAGCCAGACAUUCAACAACUUCUCCAAAAAAUAGAUAACUUUCACGAUUUCAUGGAUUCAGUUUUGACAUGCUCACAGAAAACUAUAACAACAUAUCUCACAGUGCAAAGUGAAUUUAAUUCUUUGCUUUCUAACGUUAAAUCAUUCAAAUAAUGUAGUUUUUUUUUUGAAUAAAUGAAGAAUAAAGAUAUACAACAAUUUAA